GUUUGGAACUAGUGGAUAGCUCCGCCUACGGGCGGGGGCGGUGUCUCGUCCUGGCACCGCCGCUUCUCGCGCUAUGUCUCUGUUCCCCAUUCUCAGAUAACUGUAAAAACCCGCCUGGCUGGCUCAGGCUCCUUGCUGGUAAAGGCGCACUUUUCCUGUGGUUGACAUUCACACAUGUCAAGUCCACCCAGUUUUCACAGCGAUACUCGUCCGUAUGUGCGUUAAACGGGUUUCCCCCGUUGUAUAGGGAACCUUCUUUACAUGAGCGGACAACUUCAUAUCACUCACUCUAGCUUGAACCUCCUCACACUUAUUGACCCUCAUUCCCCGCGAUUCUACCCAACAUAUUUUACCUCAAAGAUAGGAAUAAGCCGGCCAUGCCUAUCUCAACGUUUACUUCGGUAGUCAGUGUGGCGAUUACUAUCACAGGUUUCAUCAGCAGCGUUUCCGCUGGCGACUUGGACUUGGUUUCUAGCACUCUCACAACACCAAUGCCGACUCCGACUUCUCAGACUAUUCCUUUUUCGCUGGCAGGCCCAGAUCCAAGUGGAGAUAACGAUAAUACCGGAGAAUGCCGGCUGUUAGGUCCUUUCUCUCUUCUGGUGCAAGUAGCUCUCGGAGCGUUGGCACUUUUAUCCCUUGUCUAUAAGAGAUGGAGGGAAAGACCUCAGCGACCUUUAAAAGUGUGGGCGUUCGAUGUUUCUAAGCAGGUCUUCGGAUCGGCUAUGCUACAUCUGGCGAAUUUGCUCAUGUCUAUGUUCUCGGCCGGUCAAUUAGAGAUUACGAGCGAGUACAAACCGAACCCAUGUUCUUUCUACAUACUAAACCUAGGGAUUGAUACUACUCUCGGGAUACCGAUUCUCAUUUUCAUCCUCCACAUUCUGAACCGCCUGGCGCUUUACACACCUCUUGCAGAUCCUCCAGAAUCUAUUAAGUCUGGAAACUACGGUCGUCCACCACAAGCGAUCUGGUGGUUCAAACAAUCUAUGAUAUACUUCGUGGGACUUUUGGGAAUGAAGAUAUGCGUCUUCUUCCUCAUUCAACUGUUGCCAUUUAUUGUCAAGGUGGGCGACUGGGCUCUGCGAUGGACCGAGGGUAACACAGCCGUCCAAAUCAUCUUUGUGAUGUUGCUUUUCCCGGUAAUCAUGAAUGCGAUUCAAUAUUACAUCAUCGAUAUAUUCAUCAAGAAGCCAUCGCAUGAAAUGCUAGAAGAGAAUGAGGUUGACGACGUCCUGGACGACAGACACGAUCACCAUCAUGCCUUGUUAGCCGGGCUGGAUGAGGAGGUCGCGUCAGAAUCAGAAGAUGACUCUGUUGGAAAGGACACUAGGAAAGUACUCGUGAGCCCUGCCCAAAAGGACGUCGUGCGCCUAUAUGACUCUGCCGAGUACCAUCCAACAAGCGAACCGGGGCACAGUUCUGCAUCAUCAACAUUUGCUACGCCUCACGCCGGACAUGUUGAUGAUCAGACGUUGUCAUCAGCAGAUUUUGCAACACAACAAAAAGAUCAUGACUAGCCUAUGCUUUGGAAGGGUGUUUUAAGUCGGCGUUUAUGAUCGGUAGUUGUCAUGGUGGCAUUGUUAUGGUUUGGAUCCAUUGGUAUAAGGUCGGAAUUGAUUGUGAAUUUGUUCUAUUUUGCCUCUUCUCCUUUGUCCAUAUUUCUGUCUUCUCUCAAUGUCCAGAGAAUUUGCGUUGAGUUGGUAGGUUUUCAUAAACCGGUCCAGGUAUCUAUCUCGAU